CUGAAUAGUCAGCGUUUUAUUGACAGAUCUGCUCGCUAAGGAAAACAGGAAAUGUGUAAAUAUACAAUAGAUCACGUUACGGUGCUCUGCUUCUCGAUUGGCUGUUUCAUAGGCACGUCAACCGCUAACCACGAGAGGGCAUGCAUUGACUGCUCUGUAACACUAGAGGGCAGCAUUGACUGCUCUGUAACACUAGAGGGCAGCAUUGACUGCUCUGUAACACUAGAGGGCAGCAUUGACUGCUCUGUAACACUAGAGGGCAGCAUUGACUGCUCUGUAACACUAGAGGGCAGCAUUGACUGCUCUGUAACACUAGAGGGCAGCAUUGACUGCUCUGUAACACUAGAGGGCAGCAUUGACUGCUCUGUAACACUAGAGGGCAGCAUUGACUGCUCUGUAACACUAGAGGGCAGCAUUGACUGCUCUGUAACACUAGAGGGCAGCAUUGACUGCUCUGUAACACUAGAGGGCAGCAUUGACUGCUCUGUAACACUAGAGGGCAGCAUUGACUGCUCUGUAACACUAGAGGGCAGCAUUGACUGCUCUGUAACACUAGAGGGCAGCAUUGACUGCUCUGUAACACUAGAGGGCAGCAUUGACUGCUCUGUAACACUAGAGGGCCGCAUUGACUGCUCUGUAACACUAGAGGGCAGCAUUGACUGCUCUGUAACACUAGAGGGCAGCAUUUUAUGUGAGAUAAUCCUCCCUGUGUGAAUCAUUACGUUUCAUUGUGGAACAGCUACAGUAUUUAAUUUAAUUUAAAUAGGAGAAAAAUCAUUCCGCAUGACUCAUUUGUAUUACUUAUGUUUGGCACAAAUGUUUAUUUCACCAAUUAGAGUAUGAACUAAUGAUUUGAUCAAAUCUAGAUGGAGUGUGCAUCCGAUUGUAAUCUCCAACAUUCCAGCAUCAUGGAGAGCGACAUAGCCACAUACAGCCCACUACCGAAAGUAGCUAAUGGUUUAUCUAUAACAUUAUUAUUUCUGUUGUUAACCCAAUCACAAGAGGAGGAUUGUUCAAUUGAUAAAAUACAAUAUCAACAUGUGAUGCAAAUGAAAUAUGGAUGAUUUAGAGAUCAGUCACUGAUCAUCCCAUUGAGGAUGUAUCUAUCUCUACUAUGGAUUAUUCCAUGCAGAGUCUCGUUCAACAACAUGCAGUGUGAAAUGUCAGCAAGGUGUGCAAAUGUCAAAUGAGCUCAGUGGUUUUUGCCUGUCUCUUAUCUUGAUACAGCAUGGUUGGGAGGAACAUUGACUUCAACAAAGAGUGUAAUAACAUGGAGGAACACAGAAACAGCCCACAGAGGCACAGUGCUGCUGGAGGAACACAGAAACAACCCACAGAGGCACAGUGCUGCUGGAGGAACACAGAAACAACCCACAGAGGCACAGUGCUGCUGGAGGAACACAGAAACAGCCCACAGAGGCACAGUGCUGCUGGAGGAACACAGAAACAGUCCACAGAGGCACAGUGCUGCUGGAGGAACACAGAAACAGUCCACAGAGGCACAGUGCUGCUGGAGGAACACAGAAACAGUCCACAGAGGCACAGUGCUGCUGGAGGAGCACAGAAACAGUCCACAGAGGCACAGUGCUGCUGGAGGAGCACAGAAACAGCCCACAGAGGCACAGUGCUGCUGGAGGAGCACAGAAACAACCCACAGAGGCACAGUGCUGCUGGAGGAACACAGAAACAACCCACAGAGGCACAGUGCUGCUGGAGGAACACAGAAACAGUCCACAGAGGCACAGUGCUGCUGGAGGAGCACAGAAACAGUCCACAGAGGCACAGUGCUGCUGGAGGAACACAGAAACAACCCACAGAGGCACAGUGCUGCUGGAGGAGCACAGAAACAACCCACAGAGGCACAGUGCUGCUGGAGGAACACAAAAACAGCCCACCGAUGCACAGUGCUGCUGGAGGAACACAGAAACAACCCACAGAGGCACGGUGCUGCUGGAGGAUCACAGAAACAACCCACAGAGGCACAGUGCUGCUGGAGGAACACAGAAACAACCCACAGAGGCACAGUGCUGCUGGAGGAACACAGAAACAACCCACAGAGGCACAGUGCUGCUGGAGGAACACAGAAACAACCCACAGAGGCACGGUGCUGCUGGAGGAACACAGAAACAACCCACAGAGGCACAGUGCUGCUGGAGGAACACAGAAACAACCCACAGAGGCACAGUGCUGCUGGAGGAACACAGAAACAACCCACAGAGGCACAGUGCUGCUGGAGGAACACAGAAACAACACACAGAGGCACAGUGCUGCUGGAGGAACACAGAAACAACCCACAGAGGCACGGUGCUGCUGGAGGAACACAGAAACAACCCACAGAGGCACAGUGCUGCUGGAGGAACACAGAAACAACCCACAGAGGCACAGUGCUGCUGGAGGAACACAGAAACAACCCACAGAGGCACAGUGCUGCUGGAGGAACACAGAAACAACCCACAGAGGCACAGUGCUGCUGGAGGAACACAGAAACAACCCACAGAAACAGAGUGCUCUGAAGUGA